CAAAAGGUAUUCUGCCGUCUGACUCCAGAUUGGGAGAGUAUAAAAUCCAUGACGGAGAAUCACAUUGAAUGACUAUCAGAGUGAAUCUAUAAGAAGUUUAUUAACAAUGGCUUACUUCUUCCUUUGGGUCUUUCUAUUCUUUAUUUGUGACAAGGUUCUCUUUGGGAACACAUGGGCAAUGAACAACCUGCUGAUGACUGGACCUAAGGCGUAUCUUACUUAUGCAAGCAGUGUACAGGUUGGUGCGCAGAGCGGGAUACAGGAGUGCAAACAUCAGUUUGCAUGGGACAGGUGGAAUUGUCCGGACAGCGCAUUGCAACUUUCUACACAUAAGGGAUUUAGAAGUGCAACGAGAGAGACGUCAUUUGUCCAUGCAAUAAGCGCAGCCGGAGUUAUGUACACUUUAACCAGAAACUGCAGUCUCGGAGACCUUGCCGACUGUGGAUGUGACAGUUCAAGGAACGGCAAAAUCGGGGGUCGUGGUUGGAUUUGGGGAGGCUGUAGCGACAAUGUGGAAUUCGGAGAGAGAAUUUCAAAACAAUAUGUGGAUGCGCUGGAGACAGGUCAAGACUCUCGAGCUGCAGUUAAUCUGCACAAUAAUGAAGCUGGCCGUUUGGCUGUAAAGGCGACAAUGAAGAGAAUCUGUAGGUGCCAUGGUAUGUCAGAAAGUUGCUCAAUGCAAACAUGUUGGAUGCAACUGUCUGACUUCCGUGAGAUCGGCAAUUACUUGAAAGUAAAGCACGACCAGGCUCAAAAACUGGAACUUGACAAGAGACGAAUGCGCGCGGGAAACAGCGCCGACAAUCGCAUGGCCAUGGCAGACGCGUUCAACUCCAUAGCCCGGACAGACCUCAUAUACCUGGAGGAUUCACCAGAUUACUGUGCCAAGAAUCUAAGCCUUGGGCUUCUGGGCACCGAGGGUCGUGAAUGCGUGCAACACGGAGAAAGUCUUACCCAGUGGGAAAGGCGCAGCUGCCGCAGACUGUGUCAUGAGUGCGGUUUGCGCGUGGAAGAGAGGCGCACCGAGGUUGUAAGCAGUUGUAAUUGCAAGUUUCACUGGUGUUGCACAGUAAAGUGCGAGAACUGCUCACAGGUCACUGUCAAACAUGUGUGCGCACGUAGACACGGCAAUCACGGACAGCAAAGGCGUAGACUUCGAGGACCAAAAUAAAACUGCAAAAAUAAUAUUUUAUUGAGAGGACACCCAUAC